UUAGGCUUCUGGCUCCCAGCUGCCCCCUCUUGUGGGGGGAAGACCUGUGUCUCGCUGCUCCUGAUGGGGGAUUUCUGCACAGUUCUCUGCCAACACUGUGCUAUCCCCAGCAAGCCAGACUCUCUGCUUUCUCUCUCAGGCUAAGGCUGUUGUGUUGCCAGCCAUUACAAGUUACCACACAGCUCCUCCGAAGUACUGUACAUUUAUUCUGAAGGCUGUGGUCCAUCAGUCUGGGAAAGAUGUCAACAGACCAGGGUUACUGGAACAACCUGACAACCCUGCAGAAAAUCGCUCUGGCCCUCGGGAUCCCAGCCAGCGCAACCGUCAUGUACAUCUUGUACCGCAGGUACAGAGAAAGCCGAGAGGAGCGGCUGACAUUCGUAGGAGAGGAUGACAUUGAAAUUGAGAUGAAGAUCCCCCAGGAGGCUGUGAAAUUGAUCAUUGGACGGCAGGGCGCCAGUAUCAAACAGCUGAGGAAGGAGACCGGCGCUCGCAUCGAUGUGGAAGCGGAGGACUCCGGUGAGGAGCGGGUGCUGCUGAUCAGUGGCUUCCCCGUCCAGGUGUGCCGAGCGAAAGCGGCCAUUCACCAGAUCCUGGUGGACAACGCCCCCGUGUCAGAGCAGUUCUUUGUGCCGCAGAGAGCCGUCGGCAGGAUUAUCGGCAGAGGUGGCGAGACGGUGCGAGCCAUCUGCCGCAGCUCGGGGGCCAGAGUGGUCUGUGAGAAGGAGACAGACAACGCCCUGUGUCUGACCCGGCUCAUCAGCCUCUCGGGGACCCGCAAGGAGGUGACUGCUGCCAAGCAACUGAUCCUGGAAAAGCUUUCGGAGGACGACGCGUUUCGAAAGAAACUGGCCCUGUCGGCGGCGGCCCGCUGCCUGCGUAAGCAGCCCUUGGGCAUGAGGAGAGAGGAUCCCGGGCAGCAGGGGGACCUGCCGCGCCCCAAUGGCGAGGCCCUCUGCCAGCUGGCGAGCCCUCCGCAAGGGGCAGGGGAUGGAGGCCGGCUGGCCGCAGAAGCCCUGGACCAACCACAGGAGCUCAGAGCCGAGAGCGAGUCCCUGGAGGAGCCGGUGAUGGAGCCCAGCCCAGCAGUGCCCAUGUUCGAGGUCCCCAGCCCCGACUUCAGCUUCCACGCAGAUGAACAUCUGGAGGUUUACGUCUCGGCCUCGGAGAACCCCAGCCACUUCUGGAUCCAGAUCGUCGGCUCCCGCAGCCUGCAGCUCGACAAGCUGACCGGCGAGAUGUCCCAGUACUACGGGAGCAGCAGCCAGUCGCCCGAAUUCCCCAACGUCCGGGUAGGCGACAUCGUGGCUGCCCCGUAUGCCGAUCACGGCGCCUGGUACCGGGCCCGAGUCCUGGGCACCCUGGAGAACGGCAACUUGGAUCUGUAUUAUGUCGACUUCGGGGAUAACGGGGAAGCCCCACUAGAGGCACUGCGAGCCUUGCGGAGCGACUUCCUGAGUCUGCCCUUCCAGGCCAUUGAGUGCAGCCUUGCUGGGAUCGCCCCUGCGGGGGAGCAGUGGGAAGAGGACGCCCUGGACGAGUUCGAUCGCCUCACGUGUUGUGCCGAGUGGAAGCCCCUGCUGGCGAAGAUUUCCAGUUACGUCCAGUCUGGGGUCUGUACCUGGCCGCACAUCCAGCUGUACGACACCAGCCACGGACAGAGCCUCGAUAUAGGGGAGGAGCUGGUCCGGCUGGGUCAUGCUGUGCGUUGUCCGCAAGAGGAGGCUGAUGCUGCGGGGGACGGCGCCCCCCAGCUGGGGAAGGAGGCCACGGCCGAGGCGUUCCAUAAGAUGCUGGGGAAUGCUGCAGGGACCUCCCUCGAGAGCCUCCUGUCAGAGACCUGCGUCAGUCUUUCAGAUGACUCCAUUGAGCAGCUCCGAAGUGACACCGAGCCCACAGAACCACCCUCCCAGAAGACUGUCAUGCCCUCACUCUGGUCCCUACGGAUCUCGGCUCCCUCCUGCCCUCUGUGGGACUCCGAGGCUCUCGCCUUGCCAGCUGGCGGUGAGAAGCAGAAUGGCUCAGGGGGCUGCAGCAGCGAGGGGGCGUCGGAGGCUGGGGGGUCUCUGCGGGCCACCGGGAGCCAUGCAGCAGAUGCCACGUGGACAUCCAGUCCUGCUGAUUGCACGCAUCCCGCAGCCUGCUCGGGAGAGGCCUCUCCCAUCUCCCUCUCAGGCAAAGGCUCCAGCACCUCAAACGCCAGCUUCCCUACCACCCUGGCCUCUGGGGACAGCAGCUGCUACUCCCCCCGCGGCUACUUCUAUUACCUCUCCACUUCAGAAGAGUGGUCCAACUCCUCGGUCUUCUGCAGCGGCUCGGGCUCUGCCGGCGAUUCCCUCCAAAGCCCCGUCCUCAUCAGCUCCUCUGACAGCGAGGGAGAGGAGGAGGAAGGGGGGCUGAGGGCCUGGAGGAGAGGUACAGAGGGCACCAUGGAUGGGUAGCCUGGGCACCGCAUUGUGGUCUGGGGUGUCAGAAGCACAAGGAGUACAUGCAGGAGUGUCCCAUGCGCUCUCCCUGCUUGCAAGGGGGCAGCCGCAACCCAUGGCUGCUGGGCCAUUUGCCGCCUUGCUAUCGUUUGGCUACUGGCGAUCUCCACCAGCUGGCAACAUCUGCUCCUCCCCCGAGGGACAGCCCCUGGCGAGAGCCUCGAUCCUUAGCGAUGCCUCUUAACUUUCAGUGCGGAGCAGGCCCCGGGCAAGUGCUCAGUGCCGCGUCGGGCGCCCCUGCAUCGCUGGGCUCAGGCCUGCUCUCGUUCCUCCUGGUGUCAAUCCGGAGCAGCCCCUGCUGGUGACGGGUUCUCCGGCUUGAGCCGGGUGUAAUUGAGAUCUGAACCUGCCCACUGUGUGUCGCUGCAGCCCGGAUCACCCGCUCUGCAGAGCCAGGCGAAGGGGGCGUGAAAUAGAUGCACAGGGGCUCUUGGUGUCAGCUGCGGCACGACUCUCGUUUCUCAGUGCACGGGGGCGCACGAGUGGGGAGAGCUGAGCCUUCCUUGCACCAGGGAGCAGCUGGACACUGGUUACGGCUCUUCCUGAGUAGAGCAGGUCGUCUCUCUGCGGCCUGUCCCCAGAGAAGGGGGCCCAGACUCCCGGCUGCACGGUGACGUGGCUCUUGGUGGCAGGCCGGCGCCGGGGAGUCCUGAUGCUGCACCUGUUCUACCCGCUGCCUCUCCUCUUCUGUGCAGAAGCCGCGUCUAUGUCUGGAAGCGGCGACGACGUUCUUCUGGUCGAAGACGAUUCGCUGUGACCCCUUCCCCGAGCAGCAGCGAGCUGGAGGCGUCGCAGAGGGGGGAGGUUGGUGCCUGGAUUGAGACGACCAUGAGGACUCCCCGACGGGGGCGGGGGAAUAAAAUACUGCGGGAAGGUGGAAGGAGAGACCACGGCCGUUGGGGACCCACCCCCUUUCUCCGGGUCCAGAAACGACGGGUUUGCAUCGUAACCUCGUCCUCGUCUGUGAGCAUCUGUGUUUGGGGAGGGGGCUGCACCGCAUCGAGUGCACGUUGCUGGCUCCCUGCAGCAGGGACCUGAUGCCGGCUGUUGUGGGACUGCCUUCUUGGGGGCUCGCUGGGAUGUGGGGGGCUGGGAUGGGGAGUGGGUGUUUUCGUUGCAUUUGGAGGGUGCUGAUUCUAGAGAUUCUGGAACUAACUGCCAGCAUCUGUCGAGUCAGACGCCAGGGUUCCGGCUGUGCGGUUCUGUGGCGCUCCCAAGGGAUCACGGUCUGCGGAAUACAGGUAUUCCGGGGGUAGCCGUCUUGCAGUCCCCUUCUAUCCCCAGUUGACAGCUGCUGGGCUGUCCUGGUGUAAAACCAUAGUAACGGCACUGACUGCAUUUGGGUUGCUCUAUAGCCGCUGGUGUAACUGAGAGCAGGAUCAAGCCCCCUGGUCCCCACUUCCUUCUGAACAGCUGAGCCCCUCCUUCCCCUGACUGGUGGGAGGUCCCCACUCGCUCUCCUGCGGGCCAUUCGCCUGGGUUGCGCUUGCUCUGUUGUGAGUCAAGGCUGACUUCGGUUUUGGUUUAAAUCUCGGCGCAAGGCGCCUUCACCAAAGACUCCGCUCUGCCGUCCUUCCCGCUGCAGGGGCGAGGGAGACACUGGCGCUCUGGUGACGUGACCGGAUGAGCUUUUUCUGCUGCAGAAACUGGGCCGGAGGACGGUUGUGACACACCCCCCCCCCCCCCAGUGCCGCCCCCAGCUUUGACAGCACUUGCUUUACUAAAAUAAAAAGUUAUGUUUAAAAAGAAGAGAGAAUCCUCUUAGGCUGCAAACGUUGGAGCUGCGUUUUCGUUUCAAUAAACGCAGACCGAGCGGGUCCCUUUUUUGUGGCUGGAUCUGCUUCGUGCAGAACUGCCCCAGCAUCUAGCAUGAGUAGAGAGUUCGGAAGGGGGCGAUUGCUGGAGCACUCUGCAUGGACUUACUGCUCUUCCCCUUGGCGAUGACGGGAGCUGAGUUAGGCCAGCACCGGGGGCUUUUGCAGAUCUCUGCCUCUUACUGUCUCCGUUGCUGCGUAAAGGAGAAGUCUGGGCAAAGUGUGUUUAGCCCGCUGCCCGCUGGAGAGUACCUAGCUGGCUCCAUCAAAGCUCCUGUCUGUGGGAAUUGGCCAAAGCUUUAUGAGGUGGCUUCGGAGGUCUGUCGCUGCCCGUCGGCGGAGGCUGCCCUCUUGUGAAGAUGGGCAUUUUCUGCCAGCUGGUGGUUGCAGUCUUUCAGCUGGAUGUGUUUUCAUCCCAACCCUGGUUUUGGGGAUGGGCACGGGGAGAUCAGCUAAGGUUUGGGAGAGCUGUAUGCCUCGGCCCUUGGUUUCUUUAUUAAAUAAAAGUUCUGUUGAGAGUUUU